AUGGCCAUGGUUGGGGCCGGAGGCUUCGAGCUCCUGCCCUACUACCAGUACGGAUUUCCAGAAAGUGAUCGUGGCAUUCCCACACCCACCAAUUGGUCCGAAUAUGGCUUUGGAACAGAUGCCUUUCGCCAGGUAUUUUUGACAGCGCUGCAAGCCACGGAAAAAUACGGCCUGUCAAUGGAUUUUUCUCUGGGCGCGAAUCAAGGCCAAGGCUGUCCGGCCGAACCUGAAUCGCCAGGUCUUGCAGUAGAAUUGGCUUAUUCUAAUGUCACCGUUGUCCCUGGACACACUUUCAAUGGCACGCUGCCUUUAUCGAGGCAACCUGAUAAUCUUCUCGGAAGCAUCAUGCACAAACUUGAAGAGUUUGGUCAGCAAAACCUUUCUACGGUAGUGGCUGUAGAGAUCAAUGACCGCGUCGAGUCCCCAACAACCUAUCCUACGAAUAUCCUUGGCCGUGUGAUUGACCUCACAUCACUUGUCAAGAGUGAUCGGUCUUUGACUUGGACAGCCCCGGCAGGUAACUCAACAUGGCGGCUUAUGGCUUGGUAUGAGCGGUAUGCCAAUCAGAAAAAUGUUGCACCGGGCCUGAAUGCCACCAAUUACAUUCAAAAUGGCUCUUGGGUCGUUGAUCAUUUCAGCGCCGCAGGGGCACGGAAAAUGACGGACUUCUUUGACCAGCAUGUGGUCUCCGAUGACCAAUCAAGAAAGCUGUUGGCUGCAGUCGGAGGAAACGGCUGGGAAGAUAGCCUGGAAAUGCAGAGCUCACUUUGGUGGACGCCAGAUUUCCAGCAAAAGUUUCAAGAAGGACGCGGUUACAGUGUUGCUCAAUGCUUGCCGUUCCUCAUUACCAACAAGAAUUUUUGGAUCCAGGCAAUCGCACCUUACGGGGAGAUUUUCACCUCAUCGGACCAAUCGGUUACAGAAAACUGCAUCGAGGACUACAGGACCACGUUGAACGAAGGCUACCAACAGUAUCUCUCACACUAUGUUGAAUGGGCUCAUAGUCGAGGUAUUAAAUACUCGGCUCAACCCGGUUACAACUUACCUCUGAAUAUGCUUGAUGACGUACCGAUCCUUGAUGUUCCCGAGGGGGAAUCUCUCGGCUUCAACAAUAUCCCGGACAGCUACCGGCAACUCUCGGGACCUGCUCAUCUUGCUGGAAACUCUUUGGUAUCCUCGGAAUGUGGCGCCUUAGAUGGAGCUCCCUACACGCAAACGAUGAACGAUCUGCUCUGGUCUGUUCGUCGCGGCCUCGCGACUGGAAUUUCAAUGAACGUGCUCCACGGUUUUGCCUACUCUGGCCCGUACGCCAAUACAACCUGGCCCUCGUAUACCACGUUUACAUACAGGUACACAGAGAUGUGGAACCAAAACCAGCCGACUUGGCAGCACAUGAACGACACUAUCAUGUACAUUGCCAGGAAUCAAUACGUUGCACAAAUCGGGACGCCAAAGGUUGACCUAGCGUUCUACCAAUAUAGCUCGCCGUGGGCCGCCAAGGAGAGCUAUCAGAACACAAACCUCCAGAAUUUGGGAUAUACUUACGAAUACAUAAGCGCCGGAAAUCUGCAGAGUGAAGACGCCGUCAUGGAAGACGGCGUGUUUGCACGUUCUGGUCCCGCAUACAAGGCUCUGAUCUUCUCGAAUCAGACGUCCAUUACCCCAGCAGCGGCUACGAAGAUCAAGCAAUUCGCAUUGGCCGGCUUGCCUAUUUUCUUUGUGGGCAGUGCAAACUUGACAUCCAUCGGAAAGAAGCCUGGAGAUGCUCAGAGCGUGUCUUCUACGAUGGAUGAAAUACUUUCAGCCGGUCCAAAUGUCCACACGGUAAACUCGGCAGAAGAGCUUCCAGAAGCGCUCAAAGCGGCGUCGAUUCUGCCAAAGACCUCAUUUCCUGAUCCCAUGGUCGGAUGGUUCACCUUCUGGCGCAAAACCGAGAAUGCCGAUUAUGUCUUCUUGUACAACGACGGGAGCGAAACACAGACUUCAGAGGUUAUGUUCAAUACUUCCGGAACCCCCUACCUUUUCGAUGCAUGGACCGGCUCCGUAUCUCCUGUCCUUCACUACUCCUCAACCGCAUCGACAAUCUCGAUUCCGAUCACCUUGACCGCAAACCAAACAAGUAUCAUCGGCUUCGCAACAUCUGGUAGCAACGGUACCUCCACGUUUCCUUCUGCACCUGAGACUUUCAUUAGCUCCAUGACCGGAGGCGUCAAAGGCCUCCGCUACAACGGCAGUGCCAUUUUGGCCCAGGUUUCAGGCCCAGGCUCAGUAGUCCUGUCCUCCGGCAAGACCGUCAAUCUCACAGCUUCUCCUCCUGACGUCUCGAAUCUGACAUCGUGGGAUAUCGCAAUCCAAGAUUGGCACCGCACAAACAACACCUUCAGUAUGGACACUGCCAUUGAUCUGCAUGCCUACACCAAUUCAACCCUCGCACCAUGGACAUCUCUUGAUCCAGCACUUACCGGUGUUAGCGGCAUCGGCACCUACUCGACACAAUUUGCUUACCCCACAUCAACUCACGGCGAACCUCGUCUCGGUGCUCUGCUUCAUCUUGGACCUAUCUUGAACACAGUGCGUGUGUGGCUGAACGGAGAGAUUCUGCCACCUGCGGAUGUUAGCAAUGCGGUGAUUGACAUAACGGAGUAUCUCCAUGUCGGAGAAAAUAAAUUGAAGAUAGAGGUGGCCUCCACGCUAUUCAACCGAGUUAAGGCGGAUGGAAACUCUACAUGGACAGCUGGCGUUACGGCGAAUGAGGAGAACAGCGGGUUUUAUGAGGCCAAUGAGUACAAGGAAUUUGGCUUGGUGGGACCAGUGUGGGUGGAAUGGGUAACGGAGGCGGUCGUGGCCUAA